AUGUAGAGCUAUGGCUCCCACAUAGAUUACUCAGAUGAUUCAAGUUAAGUGACUGGAAUUCAGUCCUAUAUAACUUAGAAUUUUUAUAUUUAAAUUAAAUUACUGAAUUACUCAAACAUGAAAAUUUGUGUUGAAAUGACAAUUAUGGCAUGGUCAGAUUUGUUAUUUGAUACUACUCCAUUCUAUAUAUUUGAUUAAUAAGCUCUUGAAUUCAUAAUUACUAAAUUUAUCAAAAAAAGAAGAAAAGUAAGUACUUAACUUUGA